AUGGAUACCAUACUUAGCAAAGAGACGUCUCCCGUUGAGUCGGCUGCUACGAAGGGCGGCCAACAUGAGGUCGGCGUCACCGAGGUCUUUGUUGACCCCGACAUCGAGAAGAGGGCGAUCAAGAAAUUCGAUAGACUCGUUCUUCCACAGAUGGCUCUCAUCAUGCUGAUAGCUUACCUUGAUCGUGCAAACAUUGGAAACGCCGUCGUCUUCGGGCUGAAGACUGACCUCAACUUUCAUGGGCACCAGUUCAACUACAUUGUCAUGAUCUUUUACGUCACAUACAUUGUUUUCGACAUUCCUUGGGUCAUGUGCGUAAAGCGAUUUGGCGGGCACAAAGUGUUGGCCGUCGCUAUGGGCGGCUGGAGCCUUGUCACUCUGGGCACCGGUUUUAUUCAGAACUAUGGUCAGGCGAUCACCGUCCGGCUCCUCUUGGGCCUCUUUGAAGCAGGACUCCUUUGCUGUCUUACGUUUAUCAUUACAAUGGUCUAUUCUCGUGAGCAACAAGCACGCAGGGUGGGUGUGCUGUACUAUGCUGUCACCUGCUCUGGUGCCUUUGGCGGCCUCAUUGCCUACGGCAUCCAGACAAUGGGGAGCCAACUCGGCAUCGCCGCAUGGCGCUGGCUUUUCAUCAUCGAAGGCGCCGUCUCGUUCGUGGUCUGUAGCUUGGGUUGGCUUUCUCUGCCCAAAAGUGCUGGGGAAGCCUGGUUUCUCACCGAGGAGGAACGUGAGGUCAUGCGCGCGAGGAGAGCACGCGAUGCCUCCUACUCGGGUGGUGACGACUUUUCCUGGAAGUAUGUCUCGAUGGCCUUCUCCGACAUCCAUGUCUACGUGGCGGCCAUAUGCUUGUUCUGUGCGAGCAUUCCAGCAACUGGUUUUGCCACUUUCCUCCCAACGAUCCUUCUGGGCCUCGGAUAUACAUCGCUGCAAGCAAAUUACCUCUCGAUUCCUGUCUACGCCUUGGCAACCAUUGUCAUCAUUACGGUCUGUACUCUCUCUGAUAAGUACAAGCACCGGUCAUAUUUCUUGAUGUGCAUUCCUGCAGUGGUCAUUAUCGGCUAUAUCAUCAUUCUUGCUACACCAAACGGCGCGGCUGGCUACUUUGCCAUGUUUAUGGUUGGCGCUGGGAUAUAUCCGUUCAACUGCCUAUUGCUCACUUGGGCUUCGAACAAUUUUGCCCCGGACUACAAGCGGUCGGUUGCCUUGCCGCUCUUUGCUUCAAUUUCCAGUACCUCCGGUCUCGUGUCGUCCGAAAUUUACCCAGCCUCCGACAGCCCUAGGUACAUCAAAGGAAACGCUGUCUCGUUGGGCAUGGAGGUCCUCGCGCUCGUCGGCAUCAUGGCAAUCUACUUCAUUCUCAAGUCAAGAAGCGAUAAGAAGGCCGAGAUGCUCGCCCAAGGAGCGACAGAGAAUGGCAAGUCUGGUGACAAAGGCCUCCAUUUCCAAUACACGAUGUGA